AUGGCUGCCGAGGCGGGUCACGAUAUCGUCGCUCUGCCACUCCUCACAGUCCCCACUCUCGCAGAGCGGAGAAUGACCUCGGGCCCGACGAGAAAGACUCCGAUCCCUGGCCCGAUCGCAACUCACACGUUGUGUCGAGGUUCGGUAGCCGACGACCGUCUCCUGAAGCCGGUGUUCUCGCUGGGCUCCUUCAUCAUGGAUUGGGCAUCCUCCCCUGAUUGCUCUUGUUUGACAGUGGACCUGGCCCUGCCCUUGCGGCUGGCUGACAGCCUAACAGAUUCGGCCGUGGCCAUGGGAGGUGUGUUCGGGUACAACUCCCACGGCGAGACCUCCAUUGGGCUGCGAGAGGCGUCAACGAUCGGGCCGGACGAGGGUGGCGGGUCGUGCUGCGUCAAAUGCCCUUUUCUUCGAUCUCGCAUUGGACAAGCCUUCAUGAACGAUUCAAUAACGGUCUCGCGAACUCUGAGCACGUGGAUCGACCUCACCCCGCUGCGUCAGGAUGCAAGACCAAGCCUCACAUCACCCGCCACAGACGAAGUAGCCACUGUCAGUCGGCCACUACAGAGAAACAUGAACGAAGCCGAUCGGGGAGCGGAUCGAGCGAGGCCCUCGGAAUCUGCACGAACGGAUGAGGUCGCGGGUGCUGGCUCAUCUACGCAUGUAGUCUGCCGUGAGAGGAUCCCGGACUUGCUUGACACGACGGUGGAUGCCGUGGUCCUUACCUCAGCUGGUCCGAUCGAGGCAAAGCAUUUCCCGAGUGACGCACCCUGA